UGGCGGGAAAGCGGCGCCCCGGCACUUAAGGGACGCUGAGGGGUGGCGGCUUGCUCCGCUAUGGACGCGGCCGAGGUGGAGUUUCUGGCGGAGAAGGAGCUGGUGACCAUUAUCCCGAACUUCAGUCUGGACAAGAUCUACCUCAUCGGGGGCGACCUGGGGCCCUUUAACCCUGGCCUGCCGGUGCAAGUGCCUCUGUGGCUGGCGAUUAACCUGAAGCAAAGACAGAAGUGCCGGCUGCUUCCCCCGGAGUGGAUGGAUGUGGAAAAGUUGGAGAAGAUUAGGGAUCAUGAACGAAUGGAAGAAACUUUUACCCCUAUGCCUAGCCCUUACUACAUGGAACUGACCAAACUCCUGUUAAAUCAUGCUUCAGACAACAUUCCAAAAGCAGAUGAGAUCCGCACCCUGAUCAAGGAUGUGUGGGACACUCGCAUAGCCAAACUGCGGGUGUCUGCUGACAGCUUUGUGAGGCAGCAGGAGGCACAUGCGAAGCUGGAUAAUUUGACCUUGAUGGAGAUCAACACCAGCGGGGCAUUCCUCACACAAGCUCUCAAUCACAUGUACAAACUCCGUACAAACCUGCAACCUUCUGAAAGUGCCCAGUCUCAGGACUUCUAGAGAAUGACCUUUGAUUUGUAAAGGCCUUGUGUCUCCUGGCAUGAGGCUUACCGGGUAAUGUGUGAGUGCUCAGGACAUGUUAGAGGUACUCAGUGCUGGGUUUCUAGAACCAUUUGAAUGUAAGAAAAACGUGCAAUGAAGCAAGGAAUGGAUUGAUAACAUUGUUGGAAAGCAACAGGUUAUGUUUAGUUCUUAAGAUAUUCAUUAAUUCCACAUCUGUCUCUAGAGGCCAACUGCUCCUUUAUGGAGGAAAGAAAAAGCUUCAGCAAACAAGCCAUUCUCCCUAGCACGGUCUCAGGUCUCCUGCACGGAACUGUUAUGUGUGGGUGAAUGUUCAGUGAUGUUCAUGUUGCUUUGAAAAGACAGAUACAAAUGGUGAUGGGGCCCUAGGACUUUGUUGUUUUGAUAUGGAUCUUUCUGGCUGAAUUUAAAUCUAGAGAUUGCUCACAUAGAGGAGGAUGGCAGAUGGUGGCUUGUGAUGCCGACAGGGGUUGAUCUCAGCCAGGGGUGGGGAACCUUUUUUCUGCCAAGGGCCGUUUGAAUAUUUAUAUCAUC